GUUAGCGUCGUAGGAAGCACGUGACCGGAUAUUGAUAGACGUCGUCGUUAGUAAUAUCUGACAAUCGUUCGGAGGAGAAACAUUUGUCCAAGAAGUAAAUAUAUGUUAGUCCUUGUAUUUGUUUUUAAAUGUCUGACUGGGAGGAUGAAUAUGAGGGCGAUGGUGUGGCAGUUUCGAUGCAGUUAUCUGUGCAGACAGUUCCAGUAAAGUCCUGGAGGCCUCCGUCACCUCAGCGCGCUCGGACCAGAGAAACCGCCAAGUUUGGUGGCGGUGCGCCACGUGUUAAAGUGGACUUGGAUGGGGGGCAGUGGAAUAAUUGGAGAGACCCGGACUCGGGGUCAAAAGCGUUUGACGGUGCAAUCGAUAAAAAUAUCAGUUUCAGCCGCUCUAGAGUUGAACGGGGUGGAGGCAGUCGUGAUGGAAACCGAUCACCGGUUACAAUUUACGUGGAAAACACUCUGGUGGGGAGGAUAAUUGGUCGAGGCGGUGCAAAAAUACGGGAGCUUGAAGAAAACAGUGGAGCUUCAAUAAAGAUAAACCGUGGUGAGGUUGAAGCAGAGGUGCUCAUCUUUGGAGCUGGUGAUGUUCAGCUCAAUGCCAAGCGCAUGAUUGAAGAGCUGGUGCAUGAGAGCUCAUUCAGUGGUCCUGGACGCCACAAUGGAAAUGGCGAUGGAGGCCGUCAGCGUGAUUCAUGCUGGCCAGCUGCUGCUGUCAAGGCUGUGGCUACAGCUGUGCCUGCAUCUGCGCCUAUUGACUGGAAUGCCCUUAGAGAAAACCGUGGCAAAUUUGAAGCUAUGAAAUGGCAAGAUCUCCCUGCUCUGAAGAAGGAUUUCUAUAUUGAAGCAGAAUCUGUGGCUGCUCGCUGUGCCGAAGAAGUCAAAAUCUGGAGAAAAGAAAAUAACAACAUCUUUGUGGAUGAUUUGUUAGAGGGGGAGAAACGGACCUUUCCUAAUCCAGUUUGCACUUUUGAGGAGGCUUUUGCUCACUAUCCUGAAAUAAUGGAUAAUAUCAAAAGAGUUGGAUUUCAAAAGCCUACUCCCAUUCAGUCACAGGCCUGGCCUGUAAUCCUGAAAGGAAUAGACCUGAUUGGAAUAGCUCAAACGGGAACAGGCAAAACCCUGGCCUACCUACUUCCUGGCUUUAUACAUAUGGAUGGGCAACCUGUGCCCAGGGACAACCGAGGUGGUCCCGGCAUGUUGGUUUUGACUCCCACUCGUGAACUGGCCCUUCAGAUUGAAGCCGAGUGCAACAAAUACAGCUACAAAGGUUUUAAAAGUAUCUGUAUUUAUGGAGGAGGUGACAGACGGGCUCAGAUUAAGAAAGUGAACAGUGGUGUGGAUAUAGUCAUUGCCACGCCAGGACGAUUAAACGAUCUGCAGAUGAAUGAUCUCAUCAACUUGAGGUCCAUCACCUAUCUGGUAUUGGAUGAGGCUGAUCGAAUGUUGGAUAUGGGGUUUGAACCUCAAAUCAUGAAAAUCAUUUUGGAUAUUCGUCCUGAUAGACAGACUGUUAUGACGAGUGCCACCUGGCCAGUGGGUGUCAGACGCCUGGCCAAAUCCUACCUGAAAGACCCCAUGAUGGUUUAUGUGGGCACCUUGGAUUUAGCGGCGGUGAACACUGUUCAGCAGAUGGUGCUGUUUGUGCCGGAGGAGGACAAGAAAGCUUAUGUGUUUGAUUUCAUCCACCGGAUGGAGCCUCAGGACAAAGUACUGAUAUUUGUUGGGAAAAAAAUAAAAGCCGAUGAUCUCUCCAGUGACCUGUGUCUUCAGGGUAUAGCGGUACAAUCUAUGCAUGGAGACCGAGAGCAGAGCGACCGAGAGGAGGCACUGCAGGACUUUAAAGAUGGUCGCGUGCGUAUCCUGGUGGCGACUGACCUAGCUUCCCGUGGGCUGGAUGUUCAUGACAUCACACACGUGUUCAACUAUGACUUCCCUCGAAACAUGGAGGAGUAUGUGCAUAGGGUUGGCAGAACUGGUCGUGCUGGGAGAUCUGGUGCAUCUAUAACUCUGAUAACAAGAGAAGACUGGAGAGUAGCCUCUGAGUUGAUCACUAUUCUGGAGAGGUCUGGUCAGGAUGUACCAGAGGAACUGGUCCUGAUGGCUGAACGUUAUGAAAAACAUCGGAGAGAGAAAGAAAUGUUUGCACCCAGCAGAGGAGGCAGAGGAGGAGGGCAGAGAGGUGCUUUUAGAGGAGGCUCAAACCGACGGUUCUGAUCUACUAUAAGAUCAAUCUUGCUGUGCUUUCUGGAGUUGCAUCUCUAAGCUUUUAAAUUCAUAGUCCUCUAUUUAUAGAGAGACCUGUGAAGUUCUUGUAAACAUUUAGAUUUUGUUUAAAACAGCUUUAUUUUGUAAGUACGCAGGAUGGAUUUCUUUUAUUGUAAGUUUUUCACGGUUCAGUUAAUAUUUCUUUUACAUAUCUACUUUGAGGACGAUGUGAGGUACAUGUCUCUAAUGAUAGAUUUGUCAUGUUCAGUUGAACAAAUAUAAAAUAAAGAAUUGUUAAACCA